UCCAGAUUCCUGGAUCCACCUUUUCUUUCUCUCUCUUGACCUUUAUGUCUCCUUUGUCUAUAAAUCAAAACCACCACCUCCCCAACACCUCACUUGUCGAGAAUCCAAGCAACGCGAGCUCAGGGACUCCCUCUGUAAUAUUCAAAGCGGAAGAGAAAGCGAUCAAAGAAGGGUUUUAGUUAUUGACUAUGAAGAACCCAUCUUCGCCCAUCUCCAGGAAGACUACCACUACUACUACUACACCAUGCUGCACCAAAGUGGGAAUAAAGAGAGGGCCUUGGACUCCAGAAGAGGACGAGCUCUUGUCCAGCUACGUCAAGAAGGAAGGAACUGGACGAUGGCGUACGCUGCCUAGUAGGGCGGGGCUGCUUAGAUGUGGAAAGAGUUGUCGCCUCCGGUGGAUGAAUUAUCUCCGUCCUUCUGUUAAGAGAGGCCGUAUUGCUCCAGAUGAGGAAGAUAUCAUUCUUAGGCUUCAUAGGUUGCUCGGUAACAGGUGGUCCUUGAUAGCUGGGAGGAUUCCAGGACGCACAGACAAUGAGAUCAAGAACUACUGGAAUACCCAUCUUAGCAAGAAGCUGAUUAGCCAAGGGAUUGAUCCAAGGACCCACAAGCCAUUGAACCCUGACCAUAAUUCCUCUCAGUUUGCCAAAGAUCCAAACCAAAAUUCAGGCCCGAAAUCUGUUAAUUUAGAAGAAACUGGCAGGACAUAUCGAGUUAUGGCCACCAAAGUGAGCCAAACUUUCAAUAUGACUAACCUGGAUCAUUAUCAAAACCCAGAAGUUGUCGAAGAUGGUAACGAUAACCGGCUGAAUGAUAAUUGUGAUGCUCUAGUUAUGGAGUUACAAAGUGAUCAAGGACACAGCAAUGAAGAAUAUCAUUUCAAUGGAAAUGAAGAUGAGGAUACUUUUUCUUCGUUUCUGGAAUCUUUGAUCAAUGAAAAUGAAAAUCUCUUCUUGAUCAAUCAACAACAGCAGCAGCAGCAGCAUCCUAAUAUGAUUGCACCUCCGGUUCAACACGGUGUUUUUUCUGCACAGCCAUUCAAUAAUACUGCCACAUGGGAAGUUGAAGUUGCACCUUCAAUGGCUGCCUUAGGUGACGAGAUGCUGCUUUAACUUGAGUCAUUAUCCAGCCUGCUUUAUAUAUAAAGCAUCCACUUCGAUAAGUGCAUUAAGAAAAUCAAAUAGGCUUCGACUUCUAGAUAUCAUCUAAUUUGUGUAAUAUUUUUGUCUUGUUCUUCUAUAGUUGUGCUUCUACCUACUCCUGCAUAUACACAUAUGUACACAUGAUGGUUGCCGUUAAGUUGAUAUAGGACAAGUAUGUGGUACUUGUAAUUAAGGACUCUGUUUACUGCAUGCAUGCAUGUGCUAAGUCUUUAUACAUCUCAAGCUCUGUGCAGACUUCCAACUCUUCUCCUCUCUCUCUCCCUCUCACACACACACACACACACACAAACACACAAGACAAAUUUCUAGUUCCUUGCUCUCCCCACACCCACACAAACAAAGGACAAAUUAUUGCUUAUACAUGGUCUAUUGUGGACUGGAAGGCACACAUAUAUAACAAUGUGAUCCAUAUAUUUAUAGAAAAAAUCUGUUUAGACGUGAUUUACAUAGAUCUAGAACGGUAUCGUAUUUAUGUCUUUGUCUCAUCUGAACUAGAUUUUUUAUUUUUAUAUUGUAUAAGGUUCAUGAUAGAUUAUAACUAUAUAAGUUUUCCGCCACACACUUCCAAGAUGCACACAUGAGUUUGUUUAAUGCAAUUACUUAGAUAUUUUCCUCAUGCAGAAAGUAUGCAUUAUCGAAAUGAUUUGCUUAAACAUGACGAAUGCAGGCAAAAAUGUUUUACAUGUUUUGCAUAAUAGAUUUGUUAAUCACAUAGGAUAUAUUGCAAGAGACUUCAAUUUGAGUAAUAUUGGCGUUUAUUUCAAAAGGUUUAUUCACAUAGAUAAUUAAAGAUUGAAA